GGGAAUUCUUUAAGAACGAACAUUCUGGGAGAAACAUUUUACCGCUAGGAAACCCCGUUGGAAAGAACGUCCACUGCGUGAAACGUUUCUGCAGUUAGCAGUCGACCGGUUUUGAACGUUGAGUUAAAAAAAAAAAAAAAAAAAAAAGGUUGGGAGGAGGAAGGAAAUGGCGGGAAUCGUUUCGGCUCUGUGGGUUUUGUGCGAAUCGUGGUGAAACUUUGGAAGAAUUCACAGGAAGGAACUGACGCAUGUCGGUGGAAAUUUUCCUCCAACGUUCGGAAAUUGUUUCAUGAACUAAGAAUAGAAGGGAAUUUGCUACGCUAAUAGAGGAAAUGUUAUUAUAUCUCCCGAAUCAAUGGGAGGACCUGAGGUCAGGUGCGGGGGAACGGGUCACCACUGGGUCAAGUUGGAAUGGGGUGACCUCAGCCUACAGGAGCCCAGCGCCAGUCUAGAGGAGGCUGGAUCCCAGGAUGACUCGGGUCAGGAGUCCACGAUAGGACCUACUAGUCCUAGAGAUGACGAGGAGGCAGUGAAUGACACCUACGAGAAUUACUUAGAAAUCGCUUAUGCCAAAGAAGUGGAGGACGAUGGGUAUCUCCAAGACGAAGAUGGAAUGGAAGAAGGCCCAUUCGAGGAAGAGAUCGACAGAACAGAGGUGUUCUCCGUUCUUCCUCGCGUCGUGUUCACCGUUGAAAUGUUCAGCGCAAGAACAGGAUGGACACCAAUUUACAAGGGAAGUGGUGGAACCUACACUGUUGAGGGUUUGCAGCCGUCAUCCGAAGUCCAGUUCCGAGUUAGCGUGACGGAACACGAACGUACAUCUCCGUGGACGCUCUUCUCUGUAACAACUAAAGAAUGCCCGGGCAGCGGGAACGACCUCGUAGAAGCUGUCAAAGAGAAUAAUGCCACGGCUGUCAGGGACGUCAUAGCAGAUCUCACGAAAUAUUCGCAGAUCGAGCGCGUAGACGUAGUCGCCGAAGAAGGCCACACGGCUCUGGUGUCCUCUAUCAUGACGGCCUCCCGAGACGCCCUGGCAGUCCUGGUGGAGAAAAGGGCGGGCGUGGCAGCUCCGACGGGAGGCCCCCACUUGACGCCCCUGGUCAUGGCUGCCUACCUCGGCAGGAGCGACUUCGCCCGGAGGUUGAGGGCGGCGGGAGCCACUUGGAAUCAUCCGGACAGGAACGGCUUAACGCCGCUCCAUUACGCCGUGUGCGGAUGCCAGACCGGCCUGGUGACAAUGGCACUGCAAGAGGGGGCUGACCCCAAAAUUCUAGCGGGAGGUCAUCCGAUUCUCUCUCUGGCGGUCAUCUCUGCUUACGUCAGGAAGUCGCCGAGAAUGCGUGGAAUAGCCAAGAAGGAGACCAAUGAGAAGGACGAUUUCGGAAAGAUGAUAGAGACACUGGUCGAAGGAGGAGCUCAGGUCAACCAAGUUGGUUUUGGAGGGAACGCUGCCCUGCACGUUGCAUUGACCCUCCAUCAGGCAAAGUUGGCCAGACUGCUCUAUAGUUUGGGAGGCGACACCAACUUGACGAACGCCCGCGGGUACUCGCCCACGUUCUUAGCCACCUUAUCUGGGCAUGCGCUGGACACGCCCACGCCCAGAGAUGACGAUCACCCGCCCAUGAACGAAUUGGAGGAACUCAUUUACCAGUGUCAGUGACGUCUUCUGAUCUGCCAGGUUCUUCGUCUGUUUUUUUAUGACGUCAUUUAAAGACCUUUUCAGUUGUCAUAUCUAUA